UUGAACUUCAACCCUUUUUAAAGUCUUGUCCUUCAGGCCAAGGCUGUCUGUCAGGCACCAGCAUUCCCUUACCAGCCAUGUCUACUCUGAAAGCAGUCUGUGCUGGGCUCCCCCUCCAUCCUCUUCCAGAGAACAGAGGCCGAAAGAGUGGAAUCCCUCAUGCUCCUGUGAGGAGCCCAAACCUCACGGCAAGUGAAGAAAAGUUGGCUUUAAAGAACUCUCUGCGUUAUUUCCCAUCUAACUUACAUGGAAUCCUGGCACCAGAAUUUGCCAAAGAAUUGAGACUCUAUGGGCAUAUCUACAUGUACAGGUUCUGUCCCCAGAUUGAAAUGAGAGCUUAUCCCAUUCAGGAAUAUCCUUGCAAAACCAAACAAGCUGCUGCAAUAAUGCACAUGAUUAUGAAUAAUCUUGAUCCUGCAGUAGCACAGUUUCCCCAGGAACUUGUAACUUAUGGAGGAAAUGGACAAGUGUUCAGCAACUGGGCGCAGUUCUGGCUGGUGAUGCACUAUUUAUCUGAGAUGACUGAAGAACAGACAUUAGUCAUGUACAGUGGACAUCCCUUAGGACUUUUCCCAAGCCAUUGCAACGCUCCUCGAUUAGUUAUCACUAAUGGGAUGGUAAUCCCUAACUAUUCUUCCAGAGAGGAAUAUGAGUCUAUGUUUGCAAAAGGAGUUACAAUGUAUGGACAGAUGACAGCUGGAAGCUAUUGCUACAUUGGACCACAGGGGAUAGUCCAUGGAACUGUGCUAACAGUGCUCAAUGCAGGCCGUCGAUACUUGGGGGUAGAGAAUCUGUCUGGCAGAGUCUUUGUCACAUCUGGCCUUGGAGGAAUGAGUGGUGCCCAAGCAAAAGCCGCAGUCAUUGCUGGAUGUGUGGGAGUUAUCGCUGAGGUUGAUGAAGCUGCUCUCUUAAAACGUCAUCAUCAGGGAUGGCUGAUGGAAAUCACUAGAAGUCUGGACCACUGCAUUGCUCGACUUAGAGAAGCAAAGAAGAACAAAAUGUCUCUUAGUUUGGGAUACCAUGGGAACGUGGUAGAUCUUUGGGAGAGAUUGGUUGAUGAAUUCAAUACUACUGGAGAAUUGUUAGUUGAUUUGGGGUCUGACCAAACAUCUUGUCACAAUCCAUUUAAUGGCGGAUAUUACCCAGUACAACUAAGCUUUAGGGAUGCCAACCAACUCAUGUCCAGUGAUCCCAUAAAAUUCCAGGCUCUUGUACAAGAAAGUCUUAGAAGACAAGUAGCUGCCAUCAACAAGCUGUCUGAUCAAGGAAUGUUUUUUUGGGAUUAUGGCAAUGCUUUCCUUCUAGAAGCCCAGAGAGCUGGUGCUGAUGUUGCAAAAAGAGGAGCCAGCAAAGGAGAAUUCCGAUACCCUUCUUAUGUUCAGCACAUUAUGGGAGAUAUUUUUUCUAUGGGAUUUGGCCCAUUUCGGUGGGUUUGUACCUCUGGUGACUCAGAAGACUUGGCAACCACUGACUUUAUAGCCACAACAGUGCUUGAGGAACUUACACAUCAGGGAGCAAAUACAUCUGUGAAACAGCAGUACCAUGAUAACAUCCGCUGGAUUCAGGAAGCCAGAAGACAUAAUUUGGUUGUUGGUUCCCAAGCCAGAAUUCUGUAUUCUGAUCAAAAAGGCCGCAUAGCUAUUGCAGUGGCUAUUAACAAGAGUAUUGCUGAAGGAAGAAUUAAGGCACCAGUUGUUCUUAGUCGAGACCACCAUGAUGUGAGUGGGGCAGAUAGUCCUUACAGAGAGACCUCAAAUAUCUAUGAUGGUUCUGCAUUUUGUGCAGGUUAGCUGAAUAGAUUGCAAGUAUCUC